GUGGAGAUGACCGCCGAGUCCUGCUGUGGCAUAUGGAACAAGCAAUUCACUCCAGAGUCAAACCUGUUCAGCUGAAAGGAGAGCAUCAUUCUAAUAUAUUUUGUCUUGCUUUUAAUAGUGGCAACACCAGAGUCUUUUCUGGAGGCAAUGAUGAACAAGUUUUGUUGCAUGACGUUGAGAGUGGUGAAACCUUGGAUGUGUUUGCCCAUGAAGAUGCAGUAUAUGGACUAUCAGUGAGUCCAGUGAAUGAUAACGUUUUUGCAAGUUCAUCUGAUGAUGGCCGAGUUCUUAUUUGGGAUAUCAGAGAAUCUUCCCAAGGAGACCCCUUUUGCUUGGCAAAUUAUCCAUCAGCCUUUCAUAGUGUGAUGUUCAAUCCUGUAGAGCCCAGAUUACUAGCCACUGCCAACUCAAAGGAAGGUGUAGGACUCUGGGACAUCCGUAAGCCUCAAAGUUCCCUGCUCCGGUAUGGUGGGAAUCUGUCACUUCAGAGUGCCAUGAGUGUGCGGUUUAACAGCAAUGGAACACAACUGCUUGCUCUCAGACGUCGGCUGCCACCAGUCCUUUAUGACAUCCACUCCCGUCUGCCUGUCUUCCAGUUUGACAACCAGGGUUAUUUUAAUUCUUGUACCAUGAAAAGCUGCUGUUUUGCAGGUGAUCGUGAUCAGUACAUCCUCUCUGGUUCCGAUGACUUCAAUUUAUACAUGUGGAGAAUUCCUCCAGAUCCUGAAGCAGGUGGAAUUGGCAGGGUGGUUAAUGGUGCCUUUAUGAUAUUGAAAGGUCAUCGUUCCAUUGUGAACCAGGUCCGAUUUAAUCCCCACACAUACAUGAUCUGUUCCUCAGGUGUAGAAAAGAUUAUAAAGAUCUGGAGUCCUUACCGGCAACCAGGUUGCACAGGAGACCUUGAUGGGAAAAUCGAUGCUGAUUCCCGCUGUCUUUACACACAUGAAGAGUACAUAAGUCUUGUUCUGAACAGUGGCAGUGGUCUGUCUCAUGAUUAUGCCAAUCAGUCAGUCCAAGAGGAUCCACGAAUGAUGGCCUUCUUCGAUUCCUUGGUCCGUCGAGAGAUUGAAGGUUGGAGCUCUGAUUCUGACAGUGACCUCAGUGAAAGCACGAUCCUACAGCUCCAUGCCGGAGUAAGUGAGCGCUCAGGUUACAGUGAGUCAGAGUCCUCUACUUCUUUGCGUCACUCUCCUCCUCACAUGACAGAAGAAUCUGAUGAACCUACCUAUAACUUGGGAACCUUGAGGUCUGCUGAAUCUCCACCAGCCAGAGAAGCAAUGACUUCUCGUCAGCAACGGUUGUCUGCACUUAGACGAUAUCAAGACAAACGUCUUUUGGCCCUUUCUAAUGAGUCUGAUUCUGAUGAAAAUACCUGUGAGACUGAGUUGGAUGCAGACCUUUUCCCAAGACCAAGAUCCCCAAGCCCUGAAGAGAAUGAUUCCAGCAGUUCCAGUAGCAGCAGCAGCAGCAGCACAGAAGAUGAUGAAGAACUGAAUGAACGGCGUGCCUCAACUCGACAGCGUAAUGCAAUGAGGCGCAGACAGAAACCACAAAAAGAUGAAAGGACUAAUGUAACUGGAGCAAACACAAGUACCUACGUAGGAGAAGACAUCUAUGACUAUCCCCAGAUUAAGGUGGAUGAUCUUUCUCCUUCUCCAGCUUCAUCUCCUGAGAGGAGUACUGCAAAUAUAGAGGUCCGCAAAGAGAAAGCCUCUCCUUGCUCCGAGAAUGAAUCUGUAGACAGGAAGAUCUACAAAGCCUUCAGGUGGCUUCAUUAUUCUUAUAUGUCUUAUGCAGCUAAUAAAGAUGGUGAAUCCUCACAGGGAGGUGGAGAAAGUGAAGGGAGACCAGGAACUAGCAGAAAAGUUCAAGGUGGCCAGGAUCAGUCUACUGAAAAUUGUAACAAAGCAAAUAUAAAGGAAUACAGUUCAGCAGAAAAUUCUAGAAACAGUCCAGACCAUAAAUGUGAUAAUCAGCGACAACUGGAGGAUCCGGAGAGCCUAGCCCAAGAUAUUGGGAACAGUGUCUCUGUAGAUCCUUCUUUUGAGGCUAAAAAGCUCAAUGGAAAAGCCAUUUGUAAAGAACGAGGCAGUUGCAUUGAAGAGCCAUGCAAUCAGACUGCAGGAUUUGUGGAGCAAAAAAAUAACCAGAAUUGUCAACCAGUGUCCAACCACAACCUACUGGCUGUUUCUAAGGAUUCAUUUGCAACUGCUGCCAACUGUAGUGGAUCUGGAAAUUUCUCUAGAAAUCUCACAGAUGACAAUGAGGACAGGAACACUGACAAUUCCUGUGCAAACCACAAUAAUGGCCGCCUACACUCUCGCUCUGCUUACCUUAAUAAUGGACAGAGUAUGGCAGAGCAGGAGGCUGUGGCUCAAGGAAGACAAUUACAUUUAAGUGCUGAUAAUGGCGGCCUUGUGCAGACAUGCACAUCCCUGCACAAGGAAUGCUGUCAGUCUUCCACAGACUCUUCCAGUCACAGCACGAGCAUGAAAGAGGAUGCCACCGAGUUGCAUCCUGCAGACAGUGAUGGCUCACAAAUCCAUGGACGGCAGAAAAGGCACAGAGCAGAGUUUGAAGACACAGAUUCUGAGAAGUCUUCCUCAGAAAAGAAGUUAAAAACACAUGCAUCCUGGUUGUGAAAUGUUGCAUUACCAAUUCUCCAUUCCAUUCUCCAGUGGGUCUAUUUUAAAUUGCCAGGAGCUAUGUUGUAUAAAAAUCUAAUCAACUCCUUUAAAAUGAGACUGAGUAUAGUGUACCCUUACAAGAUUCUGUUCAAGUAAAUCCUUAUUAUUCUGUGUGAUGUGUGGUGUUUGUUCAGCUAGCUACCAACAUGGCUAUUGUACCUUUUAAUCUUCUGAAAAGAAUUAUUUGCGUGUUGAUACUGUGGGGUUUAUGGUCUCAUUGAGUUGAGUGGACAAAUUGCAUCCUAUGACUGAUGCUUUUGGAGUGUGUUUUCUGUAUUAGAAAACAGGAGGCAAAUUGGAUGCAGCCUUUUACCUUCUCCUGUGCUUCUGAAGUCUUAAGCAAGAGUUUCUCUGUCAUGGUUUAGAAGCAUCCUCAUGGCUUAUGUGUGUGGAGUAACAGCUUACAGCUGUUUGUACUUAAAACAAGCUGAUUGGUCAUUCAAAAGGCAGGAGAUGAGUUUGUUUGAUCUAGAGAGUGUUAAGGUAGCAUUGAUAAAUGUCCUUACCUUUUUGUCUAAAAUGAACUCUCUCUUAUCACAAGAUAGCCAUAUUUGUCAUUGGGUUGGGCAGUAGACUCCACUCCAGUUGAAAUUCAUUAAAGGUGUGAUCUUAGUGGACUUCCCAUUGGUUCAUUUGCAGUUUCCAGAUAGUGAUCUGAUUACAAAAUAACUUGGAGCAGAGCCACAUCCCAUGGUGUCUGCAUGAUAUUGGUGGCAGAGUCCCAAAGAGAAGAGUGUUAAUAUAGAUCAGUGGAGAAGAGAGGUGCAUAAUGAUGUACCUAACAAAAACUAACUGUGAGUGUGACCUGAAUCUUGACACCUAAUUCUUUUUUAAUUUGUUUCAUUUUUAAAAACAACAACAACUGAUCUUAUUUGGAAAAGUACUGACUUUAGAGACCCUGGUUUAUAGUCCUGCACUACCAUACAAAAAGUGCAGUUUGAUGUAUUAUUUCCAAUUAAACAAAUAUUUUUGUGUG